AUGGCUCAAGGACUCCGCCGUAUCGAUCCACUUGUGUUUGAUGAACAUAUUGCCGACAACUGGCGCAGAUUUGAGAAGGAAUGGACAAUCUACUGCAACGCAGGACUCUCGGACAAGUCCAAGAAAGUUCAAGCCUACACGCUACUGAACCUAGCCGGACCGGAGGCUGCGGAGAAGUCGGAAUCUUUUGUGAUCCCCAUUGCCAUGAAAGAUAAGGUCAAGGCGGAGCUGGAUCGAAUGACUGCUCUCGGUGUCAUUACACCAGAAAAUGAAGCAACAGAAUGGGUGUCUGCCAUGGUUGCAGCAAAGAAAAAAGACGGCACAGUGCGGAUCUGCAUAGACCCAGUGCAUCUGAACCAGGCUCUCCUCAGACCCCGCCAUCCCCUCAAAUCCAUCGAGCAAAUCAUCGCAGACAUGCCUGAGGCAAAAAUAUUUAGCAUCUUAGAUGCCAAAUGCGGAUUUUGGCAAAUACCCCUUGACCAUGCAUCCUCAAAACUGACGACAUUUAUGUCACCUCAUGGCCGAUACAGGUUCCUGAGAAUGCCAUACGGCAUAUGCACAGGCAGCGAGGUCUUCCAAAACGUGAUGGAACAGCUGUUUGCAGGACAACCGUGCGAGAUCGUGGUCGAUGACAUCCUCAUCUGGGGACGCACAUUACAAGAACACGAUGAACGCCUGACACAGGUGAUGAACAGGAUCCGUGCCAUCAACAUGAAGCUCAAUCCUGAGAAAUGCAAAUUCAGGGUCAACUCUGUGCAGUAUGUUGGCCACCUGUUAACUGCUGACGGGGUUAAGCCAGAUCCUGAAAAGGUCAAAGCUGUCUGCGAGAUGGAGAAGCCUCAGGACAAGCAGACACUACAGCAAUUUCUGGGCAUGACCAACUAUUUAUCCAAAUUCAUUCCCCAGUACAGUGACAUGACGGGCCCUUUGAGACAGCUGAUACACCACGACGUGGAGUGGCACUGGCAUGACGCCCAUGAUGCGGCGUUCAGAAAACUGAAACAGGCGCUGACCAAUCCCCCCGUGCUACAGUUCUUUGACACCUCAAAGCCAGUGGUCAUAUCAGCAGACGCCUCCCAACAUGGUCUCGGGGCAGUGUGCCUCCAACAAGGCCGGCCAGUGGCAUUCGCAUCCCGUGCCCUCACACCGACUGAGUCCAGGUAUGCUCAGAUUGAAAAGGAAAUGUUAGCCCUGGUGUUUGCAGCUAAAAAAUUUCAUGACUUCAUAUACGGCCGCCCUGUUACUGCUGAAACAGAUCACCAGCCCCUUGUAACCAUUCUGAGAAAGCCACUGCACACCGCAUCACCACGCCUGCAGGGUAUGAUGCUAAAGUUGCAGCGCUACGACCUGGAUGUGAUGUACAAGCGAGGCAAAGAGCUGUAUGUGGCAGACGCGCUGUCACGAGCACAUUUACCUGAGUCUGAGCCCCCGCUUACUGAUGACUUACUAGAGGUGAUGACGGUCCAGGUUCUCUCCUCACGUCGCACAGAUGAAUUACGAGAUGCAGUCAAGAGCGACAUCACCUGUCAACAGCUCUGUGAAGUCAUCUUACACGGCUGGCCCAGCACCUCCAAGGAACUACCACAGCUGCUGCGACCAUUCUUCUCCAUGAAGGAGGAGCUGACAUUGGAUGACGGGUUGAUCCUACGAGGGCAAAGGGUUGUGAUACCUGCAGUACUGCAAAAGUUCUACACUGACCAGUUACACCAAGGCCAUCCCGGAAUGGAAGCCGCCAAACGCAGAGCUCGAGAGACUAUGUACUGGCCCUCAAUGUACUCUGACAUCGAAAGAGAAGUGUCUCUCUGUACUGCAUGCAAAGCUUUGACAGCUCACCACGCAAAGGAGCCAAUGCAACUCCAUGACAUUCCUGAACUGCCAUGGUCAUUCACUGCAGCUGAUAUAUUUGAGUGGCGUGGCAAAAUGCAUCUAGUCCUAGUGGACUCGUACUCCGGGUGGUUCGAGCUGGAUUACCUCCCCAACAUGACCAGCAACACCGUCAUUGGGAAGCUGAAGAGACACUUUGCAACACAUGGUGUGCCCCACACUUUCAUGAGUGACAAUGGGACCCAGUUUUCGGGGAGGGACUUUGCACAGUUUUCACAAUCAUGGGACUUUAAACACAUCCGCAGCAGUCCCUACUAUCCGCAAUCUAACGGCCUUGCUGAGCGUGCAGUGAGAUCCGCCAAGCACCUGCUGGAGAAGUGCCACCGUGAUGGCUCAGACAUUCAAGCAGCCAUUCUGCACACUCGCAACAUUCCCCGUGAGGGACUCCCGUCUUCUGCUCAACGCCUGAUGUCCAGGCGUACUAGGACCUUCCUGCCAGCCACCACAGACAUGCUCAGACCCGCCAUCCAAGUCAACGUGGCUGCCACCAUCACCAAACACAGAACGAGGGGGAAAAUGUAUCAUGACCGCCAUGCUCACCGUCUCCCUGCACUUAAGCCAGGUCAAACAGUCAGAGUGCAGACUGAACGUGGUUUUGAUCACGUGGCAAGAGUGGAAGGCCCAGCCCAGCAGCCUAAUAGCUAUGUGAUAGCAUCACAAGGAAAGAGCUACAUCAGGAACAGGCGGCAUCUCCUCCGGGUAGAUGAGGACCCACCGGCAACCCCUGAAGAGGACGUGCCACUGACCUCCACCUCUCCGGCACCUGAUAGAGAAAAUGACACCAGCGCACCACCUCCACCUCCUACCACACCAGUGGUCAAUACUGCUGGCCCAGUUGAAAGACAGUUGGUAGUGACACGAGCAGGCAGAGUCAGCCAGCCCAAUCAGCGCUAUGGGGACUAUGUCAGUCCUUAG